AUGAAAGAAUUAUCAACCACUGGUUACUACUAUUCAUUUGGUACGAAAGAACCUGUCAAAGAAAAAGAUUCUUCUGUGGUAUCGCGGUUGGCUCGUAUGAAAGAGAACUUUGAGAAAGAAGGACUUAGAAAGACUGUAGAGGCAAUCAUCAUUGUACACAAUCACAAUCAUCCACAUAUACUUUUAUUAAAGAUAGCAAAUACAUUCUUUAAAUUACCAGGAGGUAAACUUAAACCAGGAGAAAACGAAAUAGAUGGAUUAAUUAGAAAGCUGACAAAGAAGUUAUCACCGAUCGGCACCUCGGUUUCCGAUUCACCAUGGGAAGUGGGAGAAAACAUUGCAACUUGGUGGAGACCCAAUUUCGAACAAAUUUUAUACCCAUAUAUUCCACCUCAUAUAACAAAACCAAAAGAAUGUAAAAAACUAUAUGUUGUAACUUUACCUGAGAAAUGUACAUUUGCAGUUCCUUCGAAUUUAGAGUUAAUUGCAGUUCCACUAUUUGAAAUAUAUAACAACUCACAGCGAUAUGGCGCGAUCAUAUCAAGUAUACCUCAACUUAUUAGUAAAUAUCACUAUGUAUAUCUAUCAUUAGAUGCAUAG